AUGAUGUCGGUAAAGCUGUUCUGUCUGUCCGUGUGUGUUGCAAUGGUGACAGCCCUCCCCGCACCAGCUAUCCUUGAUGAAGAAUAUCCUUUAGCUGUGGAACCUUCAAAUAUGCGUGAGCAAGUGAUAGUACCUCAUAAAAGGGCAGCAUUGGUGUUGGACAGAUUGCUUGUGGCUCUACAGAAGGCACUAAGGGAAGAUGGGACGAGUCAGCGCUUUGAUCCGGACAGAGAUGGGCCGAGGACUGCGCCGUUACGUAUAGCUAACUACGAUGGAAAUGACAUGACGGGCUUACAGCGUAGAGGCCAAGCGAGCGGUCGAGGCCGAGUGCUUCGAUGCUACUUCAAUGCUAUUACGUGCUUCUAA